AUGACAUGGGGGAGACACAGUGACUGUCACCGAUCCUCGAACCCUCACCGAGCUAUGACCGACGAGGCGGUACAGGCAGCCCGUGAGGCCUUCCCCAUCUGGAAAGCCCGGCCUCUGGAAGAUCGACAGCAAUGUCUGCACCGGAUAGCAGAUGAGCUGGAGAAUCGACAAGACGGGCUCCGUCCUAUUCUUUUCCAAGGAAGGCCGGCGUUGCAGGAGAUUCUGGCGAAUAUUGAGAUUGACGAUGCCUUGCGGUUCUCCUGUUUGAUGACUCUAUUUCUCUCUCUCUCCCAGAGCAAGAUUAGAAAAUUGGGGAUUCAAGCCGCCCAGUCAUGUCCCGAUAAGAUCGAAUAUGAGGCUGGAUCCGUCCGAACUAUAGCAGUGGCCCUGGUGAUGGGCAACUGUGUGAUCGUAAAGCCCUCCCCAAUGACCCGGUACGCGACUCUGGAAUUUGGGUUACUCCAGGCGCUAAAUGGGGGCAACGAGAUCGGGGCGCGCAUGACCACCCAUCCGGGCAUCGGCAAGAUCAGCUUCACCGAUUUCACCGCCACAGGCUGCCGUAUAGCAGAAAGCGCGGGGCGGUCGCUCAAGCGCGUGACCCUGGAGCUCGGGGCAACGAUGCCAACAUCGUCUGCGCUGAUAUCGAAGUGGACGAGGGGUGCUUUUUCCAUGCGGCGAGUCUACUUCCGUUCCGCCUUCAUUGCUGCAGUUCAAAAGAUCGUCGUCGACCGCGCGGCCGAGCACUCCCCGCUAUUCAGCCCGCUGCAGAAUCGCAUGCACGCCAAACAAGCCCACACCUUCUCUGAACCGCUGCCGGGGCUGUACAUUUCCCCAACCGCGGUGGACCGUCCGCCCAACAAUGCCCGCAUUUGGUCCGACGAGGCCGAGCUCAUCCGUCGCGUGAAUGCCACCGAGAGCAGGUUGGGUGCCUGUUGCAUUGCACGCCAGCUGGAGGUCGGAACGGUAUGGCUCAAUAGUUUCGCGAUCCCCCACCCCCAUGGAUACUUUUCAGGUUGGAAACAAAGUGGAAUCGAAUUUUACAAGUGA